AUGCCGACCAUCAGAGGCAAGACAUCGCAACGGUCCGUCGAGGCACCUCACUACGACGAAAAGGCUAGACCUACUUUCACCGCACCGAGCGACUCGACCGAAGAAGUGCACCGUGGCCGCCAAAGGAGAGCCUCCCUCGACAAAGCAUACGACUUUCUCCAUGGCGAUGGGCUUGAGUCUACAACAGAGGUCCCAACGGAGGACAGUCUGCGACGUCUUCGUCGGAAGAUUGACAGACAUAUACUUCCAGUACUAUGGUUUCUCUUCUUCUUCCAUUUCAUGGACAAAUACCUCAUGGGAUACGCUAUCGUGAUGGGCCUUCCUGAGGAUAUUCACCUCCGCGGAUACGAGAUGAACAACUGCGUCUCGGCGAUUUAUUGGUCCUAUCUGGCCAUGACUCUGGUCAUACCGUUGGCCCUCAACAAACUGCCAAUCGGCAAAUGGGUUGGAGCUAUGAUGGUAAGUGGUUUCACCGCAUGUACAUCAGCAGUCCAAGGCUAUGGUGGCCUGCUAACGACUCGCGUACUCAUGGGCGCUUCCGAUGCAUCCAUGGUCCCCUCAUUGAUACUGCUAUCGAGCCAAUACUAUCGGAAAGACGAGCAGGCUUUGAGGUUCGCGUUCUGGGUCUCAAGCAUCGGGCCUAGUAUUAUGGUCGGUGGAGCGAUCUCGUACGGAUUUCAGGGUGUCGAGAACUCAUCGUGGGAGUCAUGGCGCAUUAUGUACCUCACUGUGGGACUUGUGAGCGGUCUCGUCGGCACAUUGGCUGUGAUAUUCUUGCCGGACACUCCUAUGGAUGCUCGGUUUUUAACCAAGUCGGAGAGGAAGGUGAUCCUUCAGCACGUAUCGGUCAACAAGACGGGAAUCGCCAAUCCUCGCUUCGAGAUCUCGCAAUUGAAGGCCGUCUUUUUGGAUCCUCAAGUCUGGCUGCUUGUCGCAACAGUUGUGGUUCUUCUCACCAUGGGCACGAUCACAGGCGCAUACGGGACUGCCAUGAUUCGUGGGUUCGGAUACAGCUCGAAGAAGGCAGCACUGCUCAACAUGCCUGGCGGCGCGAUUGCUUUGUUCAUCAUCCCAGGGUGCAUGUAUUUGAUUCGCUACGGCUGGGUGUCGAGAUUUCAAGCGACUAUGCUGUCGUUGGGUCCUGCGCUUCUAGGAGCGUGUCUGUUGGCCUUUAUGCCAAAGGACAAUCAUGCGGCACAGCUGGUGGGGCUUUGGUUCCAGCAAUUUGCUUCCGCGAUGAACAGCAUCCUCUAUCAGUGGCUAGCCGCCAAUGUCGGAGGCCAUACGAAGCGAUCUAUCUGCUCUGUGCUGCUGAGUGCCGGCAUUGCUACCGGAGGGAUCAUUGGCCCGUACGCUCUCCGACCGCAGGACAAACCGGAGUAUCAUCUUGCAAGGGUUGUCAUUGUUAUCUGCAUAUCUGGUGGGACUGCGUUGGUGGCUCUACUAGCAGUGUACUACACCUGGGUCAACAAGCGAAGGGAUCGGUUGUAUGGACGGCCAGAGGAUGCGGUCACCGCCGACGACGAUUCCGAGACUUGGGCGAAUCUGACUGAUCAAGAGAGGAAGAGUUUCCGCUAUGUGCUGUAA